UGGCAAAGCACCAUCACAGCAUAGCCUAAGCCUUUCCUCUUUCGUCCUCUCUCCCGGAAAUCUCUCCGCGACGACAAUGGCGGCAGUCUCUCAUCUCCUGACGGCGGCGAUGGCGCUGAUGGUGGCGUCUUCGUGGCUGCUGGUGGCGCACUCGGCAGACACCAACCGCGCAUACUCGCCCUGCUCGGACACAACCGUGCAGCGGUCGGACUGCUUCUCGUUCGGCAUCGCCUUCGCUUCCCGGACUUCGUUCUUCUACAACGGCAGCCAACAGCUGUCUCCCUGCGACCGCAGACUCUCUCUGAGCAGCGCCAACUCGCAGGUCGCGGUUUUCAGGCCAAAGGUGGACGAGAUUUCUCUGCUCACCGUCAACACUUCCUCCUUCUCCCCGGACAAUUACGGUGGUUAUAUGGUUGCUUUUGCCGGUCGGAAAUAUGCUGCAAGGUCUGUUCCUGCUUUCGUUGCCAACAGCACUUACACUGUGACCAGCUUUACUCUCGUGCUUGAGCUUAAGAAGGGCAGGCUGCAAAACCUUUACUGGAAAAGAGAUGGUUGUGCUUCGUGUUCAGAAAAAUCAAACUUUGUCUGCCUCAACAAACAGGAUUGUGCCAUCAAAAUUUCCGACUGCAAAAACCACGGGGGCUCAGUAGAUUGCAGCCUUGGCAUACAAUUAGCAUUCUCUGGCACAGAUAAGCAUCUUUCAGUUUUCAAUUCUUGGUAUGAAGUGGAAAAUCUUCGUCAGUACUCACUUUAUGGCCUUUAUUCAAAUUUAAGAGAUUCUCUCACUAGCCAGUAUAACAAGAUAUUCUAAUCACACUUCUAGAAAGUUUUAUAUAUCAGUGCUUGAUCAUUUGUAAUAUAAACAUGAAUUUAGGAUCAUUUCUGUCGACGCGUGUAAAUCUUUCACUUUAAGAUUGUGACCUUAAUGAAGAUUUCUUUUCCUGA